UCGUUAAUAAAAAAGAGAACAUGUCUAAAGCAUGGAAACUGAAGUUGCUUCUUCUGCUUCAACUACUCCUCUUGAGUCAACAUGAAGUUGAUUCAGCCUCUGUUGUUAGCUAUCUUCCUGGUUUCGAUGGUCUUCUUCCAUUCCACCUUGAAACUGGGUACAUUGGUGUUGGUGAGGAAGAGCAAGUUCAGCUUUUUUACUACUUCAUCAAAUCAGAGAACCAUCCAGAAGAAGACCCUCUUAUUCUUUGGUUAACCGGAGGACCAGCUUGCAGUGCGCUCUCCGCUCUUGUGUUCGAGAUCGGGCCGUUGACUUUUAAGACUGAGGGUUACAAUGGAGGUUUACCUUCUCUUGUCUCCACUUCAUAUUCUUGGAGAAAGGUGACCAUCAUAAAACAGAUAAUAUUCUUGGAUCAGCCUGUUGGGACUGGCUUCUCCUACUCAACAAAUCCACUUGUUCAUAAGCCUAGUGACACAGGAGAAGCAAAACAGACCUAUGAGUUUUUUCAGAAGUGGCUAGUGGAGAAUCCAGAGUUUGUCUCAAAUCCCCUCUAUGUGGGGGGAGAUUCUUACGCCGGAAUAGUUGUUCCAGCUAUUGUUCAGCAGAUCUCAAUAGGAAAUGAACAUGGCUACAACCCUCAAAUAAAUCUGAAGGGUUAUGUGCUUGGGAACCCUUCAACAGAUCUUGAUAGUGAUCAUAAUUCCAAGAUUCCAUAUGCUCAUGGAAUGGGACUUAUCUCUGAUGAACUAUAUGAGUCACUUGAGAGAACCUGCAAAGGAAAUUAUGUAAAAGUGGAUCCUACUAACACACAAUGCUUGAAGUUUGUGGACGACUACGACAAGUGUGUUUCAAGGUUAAAUGAAGGAUUCAUUUUGAUAGCGUUAUGUGAUUUGGCAUCACCAAAUCCUUAUUCAGGAGAACAUGGUGGAAAAAACUAUCUUAAGACACUUGUUCAGUCAGAUCUUUCUCUUCCGACUCCAGAUUGCUAUAUGUUCCGGUAUUUGCUAGCUUCGCAUUGGGCUAAUGAUGAAGAUGUACGUAGAGCACUUCAUGUAGUGAAAGAAAGUAUAGGGGAAUGGGUGAGAUGCAAUUGGGACUUGCCUUAUGAUAAAGACAUAAAGAGCAGUGUACCGUACCAUCUAAACAAUAGCAUCAAAGGGGAAUAUCGGUCAUUGGUUUAUAGCGGUGAUCACGACAUGAUGGUACCUUUUGUUGGAACUAAAGCUUGGAUUAAAUCUCUAAACUACUCAAUAACUGACGAUUGGAGACCUUGGCUUGUUAACAAUCAAGUUAUUGGAUACACAAGAACUUACGCCAACGAUAUGACAUUUGCAACUGUCAAAGGAGGAGGACACACGGCAGAAUAUAAACCGGAGGAAAGCUUUAUGAUGUUCCAAAAGUGGAUAAGUGGCCAACCUCUCUAAAUACUUCAGUUGGCGUGGAAAGACCCUACAUUGCCUGCUAGAGACAGUACAUCCUUAAUUCAAGAUUUGAAUGGAGUUUUUAUCUGUUUUAAAAGGAUUUUUGGUGAAUAAACAUAUUAAUUUGAAUAUCUUUUUAGACUAUGAAACUUGAAUCUUUUCAGUAUUUUUGUAAAACUAUUUACAUACACCUUGAAUUAAUCAUUAGAGAAAUCAAUACCUAGA